GUUUUAUGCAAUCCAGAGACAGAGUGGGGGAGAGAGAGAGAGGGAGGGAGGUGUCCGUGUCCCUCAACGGCUUCUUCUAUUUAACCCCUGAUCUCUCCCUCCAUCCAUUGAUCCUCAUCGAUCUGCCUCAGCCUCACAUCCGCUCUUCUUCCUCUGCGCCAGAGCGCUGCCCGUCUCUCGCCUUAGGUUGAUCUUCUGUCGCGUCACCGAUUCUUUGACUCUUUUGUGAGGCUUUCGAUCCACUGCGUGUUUGCCGAUUCGAUCGAGUUCAAUAAGGCAAACACAGCAUGUCUUCUGUAAAGGAUGUCGAUACCAAUGAAAAGGAACAUCUAGAAGGCACUGAGGGCACUGACCUGACAGCGAACAAAGAUAAUGAGCCUGAUACAACCCCUAAUUUUGAUGAGGAGGCAAUGCUCAAGAAAAAGUACGGAGGGAUUUUACCCAAGAAGCCUCCAUUGAUUUCCAAGGACCAUGAACGUGCCUUCUUUGAUUCUGCUGAUUGGGCUUUGGGAAAGCAAGGAGCACCUAAGGGACCACUGGAAGCUCUACGGCCAAAACUUCAGCCUACGCCUCACCAAGAAGUACGAUCAAGGAGAUCUGCUUAUGCUCCUGCCGAUGGAGAAGACACAGGACACAUUUCUUCUGAGGAAGCAGGCAGCAAUCAGUAAUUGACUGAAGAUUUCUUCCUUCACGAGGUUUCUUUCUACCUGCCGAGGCUGAUGAUUUUUCUUGUAUCAAGGCAUGAUAGGCCCUUUUUUUAUCCUAUGUGCACCAAUAAUUUUAAGCCUGCAUCAGUUGACAGUAAUUUGGAGAAUGUGAGCUUCGAUGAGGGCUUCCUUGUAACGUUUGCAUUUUGCAGUAAUGUCAUAGGUAAAACUGGUAGGGAAGCGUUAAUGAGCACUCGAUGUAAUGCAAUUUCUAAAUAAUUGACUUAUACCUUUGUCUUGGCA